AUGAGCGAUGGAUUGCUACGGGUAUUUUGGCCAUACGACCUCCCCCGGUCGUCGGCGCCAGGUGUAAUUGUUGGAUGGAGGAAUUCGGAGCUCGAUUUAUUUGUGCUUGCCGUGUUAGAGGAUGUUGAGCCGCGGAAUGUCGACAAUGCUCUCCGCGCGGGUAUCUUAUUUCGCAACAGUCCUCACCCAGUUCCGCGCAUUUUUAGUCUGUGCGGUCGGUCGUCAAUGCAUGUAUUGGGAUCGACGAAUAUGCGAGAUCCGCCGACGGCGUUCAAUGCCUCGCAUUUGAUUGUUACUACUCGUCCCUCGUGCAAGGUCCCGAAGAUAUACUGUCCGCCCGAGACAGGCCUCUCGAUUCAGGUUAUUAUGUUUCACCGACCGGAUCCAACCAGGAUGGAGUAUAUGUCGCUGAACCCCAUUUCGCUUGCUUUGGAGGACAAGAUGCUUGCUGCGGAUAAGUCGGACGGGGUAUUGGAUACGAUAGAAACCGAGGAGGGAGCGCAGAAGGCUCGCGCGCAACGAUUAGUGGAUAAGCUCAGGCUCCAUACGGUUGUCAAGCAUCUUCCAUCACACAAAGAGUUGGCGCUUCCAUUCAUCAUCAACCAGAUCAAUUGCGCAUACGAAAUGGGGAAGCUGAUAGAAAAGAACAGCAGCCUUAUUGGGAUCCGCGUGAAGAGGAGCAUGAGUGUUUCGGAGCGGGUGGUUGAGUCGGCUACGACGGUGUGGGACUUGUUCGUUCUCGGAGUGUCCUAUGUCUUUUGGCAGUGGAUAUGGCCGGUCAUUACCCGGAUAUUCGUUAUAGGGCUGGUCUUCCACCGCGUUAUAGCAGACUUUGUUCUGCAGGUGUUGGAGUGGCGAGCUCGGCCAGACGCCGCGGCGUUGAAGGAUAUCUCUGCGACGGCACAGCAGGUGGACAUUCGCCUUCAGCAGUUCUGCUACUGGCCUACGCAGUAUGUCAAGUUGCGGCAGAGAAAGGAUGACUGGGAAAGUGUGACAACCUAUCAUGCCCACUAUAUCCGGUUCUACAACAGUCUGUGGCUUGUGGCAAACGAUGUUAUUAUCGGGAUCGCUCUAGGGUCGUACAUUAUUGAUAAUGCCAACUGGGUGGCUUACCAAAUCAAUUAUAUCCUCAGUGGUUGGACUGUUGAGGGUCUCCAGCGGACGAUUUCCUGGCUGAUGGACUGGCCAGCUGGGCUGAAGCUGAAUAAUGAGCUUGCGGCAUUUCUGGGUGAUCUUUUCUUGUGGGUUAUCGAGAACUGGGCAGCGCGGAUCUUCAAUUGGCAACUUACGAUCAUCAUUUCGCUCUUCCACCUCUUCCGCGGGAAGAAGCGGAACGUCCUCCGCAACCGUAUAGAUUCUUGUGACUAUGACCUUGACCAGCUCCUCCUCGGGACCAUUCUUUUUACUGUUCUCUUUUUCCUCCUCCCUACAGUCAUUGUAUUCUAUCUCGCGUUCACGUCCGCGCGGAUGUUAAUAAUCUCCUUGAAAGCAGCACUUGACACUUGGCUGGCUUUCUUGAAUCAUUUUCCUCUCUUUGCGCUGAUGUUGCGCGUCAAGGAUUCGAGGAGACUACCAGGCGGCAUCCGCUUUGAACUCCGCGAAGAGCACGAUACUCUACCUAAUUCAGUAGACUCAACGAUACAUUACAUCCACCUUGAGUCCAUCCCCCUAACUCUCCGUGCCAUGUUCGACCAAUACUUCCAACUUGCCCACCGCCUCCGGAAACACUACCUCUCUCCGCAAGUCAUCUUCUGCCUCUUUACCGGCCGCUUCGUGCCCCCUAUCCAUCGUCGCAGUCUCUAUAGUAUGCAAUACAGUAUGCUUCCUGAUGUCCGGCCCUCGCUCGCGCAAGUAUGGAGCGAAUUGACUCAGCCGGCGCGAAAGUCAAGUGGUGGGGGUAGUGGCGGUGUGUCUGGACAGGGUGGCAAUAGCAUUGGGAUCGGGAUUAUGGGGAUGAAGAUGGGAGGGCUUGCGGAGAGAAGGAGAGGGUAUCGUUGA